UUUUAAACUCAUGCAAUGCGAGCUGUCUGGGAACUAUUGCUGCAUAUAUUUGAAUUCCCCGACCGAGAUUGGCGAUAAAGAAUUGCUUCACUCCUAACCAGGCUGAGCUAGUCUACCUAGGUUUGUACCUUAUCCACCUGGAAUUAUUGCUUGUCGCAUCUGUCUCGAUUUACAGGGAUGCUGCGCUGCAUCUAAUUAACUCCACUCAGCGCAAAACACCCGGCUCACCAACUUGCAAGGCCGCGGGCGCACUUGCCAUUGCUAGCACCCGCUUUGUCGAUCCUACUACGGAAGCGCGCCUUUUCCAAUAUUUUUUUUUUCUCUGUCUUCGGCACAAUUGCUAUCACCACAACAAAGUUGCUUCCCCUCGUUGACUCUCUUUAUCGCUUUGUCUUGUCGGCCUUUUUUCCUGCUGCAUAUCAGCAUUGAUCCUGCUUUUACAAUUCCUCAAACUUUUUUUUUUCUUUGUCAUUGUUCUCUCUUCAGUUUUCUCAGCUUCGUUUUGGCAGUUCAAAUCACAUCUCCCUUGCACAAACCAUGGCUGUGCGAGGCGCGGAGGAAGCCUACAUUACGCUUCUACUGAGCGAUAAUUAUUUGCCAGGUGCACUCGUUCUUGCCCAUUCGCUUCGCGAUGCAGGCACCACAAGGAAGCUGGCCAUCAUGGUCACUCUCGACACCGUGGCGGCCAAGGUGAUCACGCAACUAAAGGCCGUCUACGACUACGUGAUUCCCGUCCCUCGCAUACGUAAUGAGCGCCCCGCGAACUUGUACCUCAUGAACCGACCCGACCUCCACUCGGCUUUCACCAAAGUCAACUUGUGGAAGCAGACUCAGUUCAGCAAGCUGGUAUACAUCGACGCCGACGUGGUCGCGUACAGGGCACCCGACGAGCUCUUUGCGAUCGCCCAUCCCUUCUCAGCUGCCCCUGACAUAGGAUGGCCGGACUUGUUCAACACGGGUGUCAUGGUUCUGACUCCAAACAUGGGUGACUACUAUGCGAUGAUGGCUAUGGCAGAGAGAGGAAUCUCGUUUGACGGCGCAGAUCAGGGUCUCAUCAACAUGCACUUCCGGCAUACGUACAACCGCAUCUCGUUUACCUACAACGUCACCCCUUCGGCCCACUACCAAUACGUCCCCGCGUACCGCCACUUCCAGUCGAGCAUCAACAUGGUGCACUUCAUUGGCUCUGAAAAGCCGUGGAUCCAAGGAAGGAACUCUACAGCUGGCGGCGGUGCCUUUGACGAGAUGGUAGGCCGGUGGUGGGCUGUUUACGAUAGGCAUUAUCGUGCGCCGACCGUUUACGAACCGCAAGUUCAAAGGCCACCGGAAAUCGUCCAGAAGUUUGUUCGAGGAAAAUACCAACCCCCCUCCACGUAUACGGUAGCUGUUGGGCAACAGCCACAAAUAUCCUUACAGCCGCCUUCACCAACACCGGAGUCUCAACAGUCGAGUAUCCACAACCAGUCGCAACAAUAUCAACAACAGCAGCAUAUAUAUGACAACGGUCAGCAUAGCUUGUCGAAUUAUGGCACUGAACAUUCCCCUCAUACCCAAGAGCACCGAGAGCACCGAGAGUCCCAUCACCACCACCGUCAAGACGAGCACAAUCGAGGUUACCAUAUCCCUGGUCCAAGCCCUGGCACUUCCCAUGCCCAUGUUCCUCAAGUGGAGGAAAGCCAUACAAGCCCUUGCUUUUUCAGCACUGCUUCUCCAGCAUCCAGUUCUGGAGCUAACGCUCCCCAAGGCCAUUAUCAGGAGCAUCAGCAAGACCAAGCGCCUCACCAAGCGCACGAGCCGGAGCCGGAAAAGCCUCAACCUCCGCCCAUGGAGCCCAGUUGGGAUGCGCAAAGGCAACCGCCUCCGCCGGAAUCGAAACCGGAAGCAUUGAACUUCCCCAAGAUGCAUUACGAGAUGUCUUCAGAUACUAGCGCGUUUGUUCCACCCCAGCGCUACCCGAGUCCCCCCAAGAACAUGUACUAUGAAGUCCCUCAACAUCCACCAGCUCCUCCGGAGCAGAAGCCCCCAGCGAUCUUCCCGUGGGAAAUGAAUAGACCUCAGGCAUCGCGGGUCUUUAUUAAUGAUGAUGUCGGACCCGUUGAGGCCGAGAAGUCUCCGACCGCGGAAGAGACUGCCGCUUUCCAGGAAUCAGUUGAGCCAGCAUCGGAGGAGCCGCGGCCAAUACCGACCAGCCCGCCAAUUCAGCAAACAUCGAACCCCUGGGAAUCGUUUUCGCUCACCAAUGCCUGGGACGAUGUACCCGGUAUCAAUCGCUACGUCGGUGCAAUCCAAAAAAGCCAACAGAGGCGAAACCUCAGUAAAUCCGCUGGACUCAGCCUAGGCAACCUCGACGACACGCGUGAGGCCCAGAAGGAGCUCGAGGCGGCACUGAGUCGACGGGGAUCAACCAAACUUACCGACUUCCCCGUCGAUAGGCCCAGCCUUCCGGUGACGCCGGCGCCCGUGCGGCGAAGCAAUUUCUGGGGCGGCGCUGCUGACUCUCCGAAGAAUGGCGGAUCAGUCGGCGCCGUGCCCGAGGGCGGCCGUCGUCAGCUGUUCCCGGCCGCCGAAGGCGUGCCAGGGCAGUCUGACUGGGUAUGUGUGCAUGGAACGCGGUGGACUCCUGCGUACUGCCCGUGUAACUUGGCUAACGUGCUACGCCAUGACAAGGAUCCGGUGGCACAGCUUCAUAAACUUGCUAAGCAGCAGUCUGAGUUGCUGUUGCAGAAACUUGGCGACAGUCUCAAAUCGGAGGAUGACGGUGAUGAUGAUGGCAGUGAUGGUCGGAGUGUCAGGUCCCAGGGUAAGGGCAAGGCUACCAUGGAACAAGUGUACCAGGAUGGGCCGGUUAAGAGCCCGACGUAUAUUAUGCAUGCGUCCGUGCCGACGGUUCACAGCCCAAUGCCAGUCAGGAAGAGCCCUGUGCAAAGUAUCCUGGGGGAGGGAGAGGCAGCGGUCCCACGGACCACGCGACACGACUCGCGGCUUUCGACGACAACGACGGAAUAUGGGACUGACGACAUUGAGCGGGCGAGCUACAAUGGACCUGGCGCCGCGUGGGACAAGGGAGAGGAUAUCCCGCUGAGGGAGACUCCGAUGCCUCCCACAGAGGAUGAGUUGGACGUACUGGAGACCUGAUAAAAUGAUGUUGAGGGAUUGGUCGGCGUUAUGAGCUUGGUUUUUCGUAUCGGGCUUGAUAAUUCCAUAAUGUUAAUAUGAGGAACGGGAUGGGAAAUGUCUUUUUUUGUCAAGUCUUUGUUCAAUUUCUUGCAUUCUUUGCUCAUCGUGGAACUUGCAAAAGAAAAUCGCAGGAGUUGGUCAACGUUGUCAGUUUUGGUCUUGGCUCUUUCUUACCUGACUAUGCUUACACCCGUAAUGGGGAGUCAUGAGAGGAUAACUAUCGGCAAAUAUCGGCGGUGUCUUUUGCCAGGUGUGAUGUUUGCCAUAUACGUCUUGUUGGUCUUUGGUUGUGAAGCAUCUGUGGCAGUUCGAUGAAUGACAUACGUAAGUUCCCCCGCAGGAUUGUUAUAGUCGCUGACGAACUAGUGGC